AUGAAUCGUCACAAGAAGUUUUACUCCACGCUUGGAAAUCAAUCGUACGACGACGAUUACGAUGACUAUUACGAGGAGGAAGAAGACGAUUUCUACGACGAGGAGGAGCUGCAGUACGUUGUGCAGGCGGGCGCCGCCCCGGCACAGCCCGGAAAAGUGUCCCCCACUGCAGGCUGCGACGCUACGCAUGGGGCGUCAUCGAAAACAGAGGAGUUGACUUCGGGCGCAGAGCACAGUCUGGGCCCUGACGACGUGGAUUACGCGCUGGUCACCGCGUUGCUUGCAGAGUUCAAGAGGAAAUGGGGAAAAUGCGCCUCGGCACAGGCGCCUGCACCGGAUCCCGCCUUGUGCGACAUCGUCGAGGCUCUUCGUGAGCACAGCUAUGACGUUGACGAGGCUGUUGCGCAUGCGGUGUUGAAGCUGAUGGAGGAACGGGCAGAGGCGGGGACGCAACAGCCGCCGCCUUCCCCCGCACCUUUGCCUCUCCCCGUAAAUGCCGGGGCUCCUGCCCCGACUGCGACGUUGACAGGGACGGCUGGUCCGAAACCCGGUGGCCGCACCUUAAAACUUGGGAAAGGCGGUAAAACUACGGGCGCCCCGACGGUCAAUAAAUCUGAGGAGACCAAAAAGGCUGUAUCGGCAGCGCCGAAUGGUGCACAUGGCACCAGUGUCACCUCAAGGCUUAAAAAGGAUGAGGUAGAGGCGAGCAUGCCUGACCCAAACAAACGAGAUUGCACUUUUGUCAUUGCAGGUCAUGUGGAUGCUGGGAAGAGUACGACGCUGGGGCAUCUACUGCUUUUGCUGGGGAGAGUGUCGCAGUCCGAUGUGGACAGGAAUGAGAAGAGUGCACGCCAAAUGAAUAAGGAAUCCUUCAAGUAUGCCUGGUUGCUUGAUCAAUCCGAAGAAGAACGUCGGCGUGGCGUGACAAUUGAUUCUGGCUCCUAUUGUUUUGAAACGGAACAUCGUCGGAUUAAUAUUCUCGAUGCCCCAGGCCACAAGGAUUAUGUUCUCAGCAUGAUUAGCAGCGCUACACAGGCAGAUGCGGCACUUCUCGUUGUAACGGCCGUCACCUCUGAGUUUGAGGUUGGUUUGGCGCAUGGAACUAAAGAGCAUCUUUUUAUUCUGAAGACGCUGAGUGUUGGUCGCUUGAUUGUCGCUGUGAAUAAGAUGGAUGCUGUGGACUAUAGUAGAGACCGGUAUGACUACGUUGUGCGAGAGUUGAAGCUUUUGCUGAAGCAGCUACGCUUCAAGGAGGAGGCCAUUGUUGGAUUUUGUCCAGUGAGUGGGAUGCGGGGGACGAACCUUCUCACCGUCGAUCACGGGGCGACCCCGUGGUACGAGGGGCCUUCCUUGGUGCAGUUAUUUGAUCAAUGUCCUCUGGAAAGCCGAUUGCUGGAUGCUCCCUUACGACUCAGCCUGCAGGACGUGCAAGUGCAAGCCGCACGACUCUUUUGUAAGGUGGAGAGUGGACGACUUACAAAGUCGUCUAAAGUUGUCUUUUUGCCGGUGGACGUCAAGGUUCAGGUCAAAACCAUAGUGAAGCCUACGACAGGUGAAUUAGUAGCUGCCGCUUUCGCGGGUGAUGCCGUGGAAAUUGACACAGACUCCUCACUUGUGGGGUUAUUCCCUGGCUGCGUUGGUUGCCUCCCCACUGCCCCUAUUCGCUGUUCCACGGACUUUGAGGCCCGCGUGCAGACCUUUGCCACGCUGCAGAGUUCCAUUCUUCCCGGAACCACCUUCACAAUGGUGGUUCAUGCCCUUACAGUGCCGGUGAAGGUGGUGGCACUGGUGGCGAAGAUGGAUCGUCAGGGGAACUGGUCAAAAGGCAUGGUGAAGUGCAUCCCAAAGGCCACGCAGGCGAUCAUUGUUUUUCGCACGGCGUCCAAAAUUGCUUUGGAACCCGCCGAGGCAUGUCGCGCUCUUGGACGUUUUCUUUUGCAGCAGGAUGGCAACACAGUGGCAGGGGGACUAGUGGAGAAGAUGAUGCUGUGA